UACUGCUGCAAGGCUCAUCCACCUUACCAACCAUUCAGUGUCUGCUACCCCUCUCUGCCAAUCCCUCCACUGGCCUCCAUUCAGUGUCCUCCACCCCUCUCUGCCAAUCCCUCCACUGGCCUCCAUUCAGUGUCCUCCACCCCUCUCUGCCAAUCCCUCCAUUGGCCUCUACUCAGUGUCCUCCACCCCUCUCUGCCAAUCCCUCCACUGGCUUCUUCUCAGUGUCCUCCACCCCUCUCUGCCAAUCCCUCCACUGGCUUCCACUCAUGUCCUCCACCCCUCUCUGCCAAUCCCUCCACUGGCCUCCACUCAGUGUCCUCCACCCCCCUCUCUGCCAAUCCCUCCACUGACCUCCACUCAGUGUCCUCCACCCCUCUCUGCCAAUCCCUCCACUGUUUUCCACUCGCUAAACGAAUAAAUUUCAAAAUACUAACAACAACUUACAAAGCCAUCCCACAACUCUGCCCCCAGCUACAUCACCAACCUGGUCUCAAAAUAUCAACCAAACUGCUCUCUUCGAUCUUCCCAAGACCUUCUGCUCUCUAGUUCCCAUGCCACCUCCUCCCAUGCUCGCCUCCAGGACUUCUCCCAUCCUGUGGAAUUCUCUACCCCAAUCUGUCCGGCUGUCUCCUAACCUAUCCACCUUUAGACGAUCCCUGAAAACCUUUCUCUUUAAAGAAGUCUAUCCUGCUUCUACCUAGUAAACCGCCAUUUAUUUCCUCCAUCAGCUCAUCCCCCCAAAGCUAUUAACUUUUGUAUCACUCAAUCCUUC